AAUUUCUCUAUAUAAACAACCAGCAUGCUGUUCUAAAAACUCUAUCUUCUCUUUGGCUUUUACACCAUUCCUACAGUUCCUUGAUUCCUUCUUUGUAUUAAUCGCCGCUUCCAAUCCUAUAUAUUUCUCUCUUCUUCUUUUUUCUUCACCAUUGAAGUAAAAUAAAGCUAAAAGAAAAUGCCUGCUGUAGGAGGAAUCGGGCCGGGUACCGGCAAGGAAUACCCGGGUAACCUCACCCCAUACGUCCUUGUCACCUGUAUUGUUGCAGCUAUGGGGGGUUUGAUUUUCGGCUACGAUAUUGGAAUCUCAGGUGGGGUGACGACGAUGGCGCCAUUUUUGCAGAAAUUUUUUCCAAGUGUAUGGAGGAAAAAGGAAGCGGACAAGACAAAGAACCAGUACUGUCAGUACGACAGCCAAACGUUGACGAUGUUCACGUCGUCCUUGUACUUGGCGGCUCUUUUGGCUUCGUUGGUGGCGUCCACCGUCACACGAAAGCUGGGAAGGAAACUGUCCAUGCUUUUCGGUGGUUUGCUUUUCUUCGCCGGAGCUUUAAUCAAUGGCUUUGCUAAAGCAGUUUGGAUGUUGAUCGUCGGUCGGAUAUUACUCGGGUUUGGUGUCGGGUUCGCUAAUCAGUCUGUGCCACUCUACCUUUCGGAAAUGGCGCCAUACAGAUACAGAGGAGCAUUGAACAUAGGCUUCCAAUUAUCAAUUACGGUCGGUAUCCUCAUUGCCAACGUGCUGAACUAUUUCUUCAACAAGAUUGACGGCGGCUGGGGGUGGCGGCUGAGCUUAGGUGGCGCGAUGGUUCCCGCCUUGAUCAUCACCGUUGGCUCUUUAAUCCUCCCCGAUACACCCAAUUCCAUGAUCGAACGUGGCCAAACCGAGGAAGCCAAGGCCAAGCUCAAGAGGAUCCGUGGUGUUGACGAUGUCGACGAAGAAUUCAGGGACCUCGUAGCCGCCAGCGAUGCGUCGAAACUCGUCGAACACCCGUGGGGGAACUUGUUGCAAAGGAAGUAUAGGCCUCAUUUAACGAUGGCUAUCCUCAUUCCUUUUUUUCAACAAUUGACUGGAAUCAAUGUGAUUAUGUUUUAUGCUCCCGUUCUGUUCAACACCAUCGGUUUCGAAGACGAUGCUUCCCUCAUGUCCGCUGUAAUUACUGGUGCCGUUAACGUCGGUGCAACGUUGGUUUCGAUAUAUGGAGUUGAUAAGUGGGGACGGAGAUUCCUUUUCCUAGAGGGUGGAGUUCAAAUGUUGAUCUGCCAGGCAGUUGUGGCAGCUUGCAUUGGUGCUAGGUUUGGGACCAACGGUGACCCUGGUGACUUACCCAAAUGGUAUGCCGUUGUAGUGGUGCUUUUCAUUUGCAUUUACGUGGCCGGGUUUGCCUGGUCAUGGGGACCCCUCGGAUGGUUGGUACCUAGUGAAAUUUUCCCAUUAGAAAUCCGAUCGGCUGCGCAAAGUAUCAACGUCUCCGUCAACAUGCUUUUCACGUUUGCGGUGGCUCAAGUGUUCUUAACCAUGCUUUGCCACUUGAAAUUCGGGCUUUUCCUCUUCUUCGCUUUCUUCGUGCUAAUAAUGUCCAUAUUCGUGUACUUCUUCUUACCUGAAACAAAGGGUAUCCCGAUCGAAGAAAUGAACCGAGUAUGGAAAACACAUUGGUACUGGUCCCGAUUCGUCGAAGACCUGGAUUACCCCAAUGGAGGCAUGGAGAUGAGCAAGGGAGGGCAAGGUCCAAAAAAUGUGUAAUUCCCCUUUGAUCGAUUGCCUUCUCAUUUCAAAUUUUAGCUUUUGGUUGGUUGUGUAGUACAUAUGUUAUUGAUUUCAUAAAUGUUGUUCACCUUAUUGAAGUAUAAACAUAUUAUAGAUGAAAUUGAAAACAAAACCUUGAUUUA